AUGACGAUGGUUAUAAAAAUAAAAAUGCUAUACCGAGCUCUUCAAAGAUGCAUGUCAAGCUCCGCAAAAGCUCCAUUUGAAAUUACUGACAUGGCUGCUUUUAUGUUCACCCUCCAAAAAAGCAACUCUGGCUCCCUCAAUCAAGUUCUUCAGUCCAUCCUUGACAGCAAAUUGAAUUUAACUCACAUUGAAUCAAGGCCUGCAUCUCUAAUAGACGCCGAUAAAGGGUUUACUUUUAUAGUCGAUGUUGAAACUCCAACCAGCUCUUCGUUGGAAAAUGUAUGCCAGAAAAAUCUUGUUUUAUCUUAUUAAGUUUAUAACGUUUAACGUCCACUACGGGGUAGCCGUUUCCAGAGCUGCCACAAUAUUUGUCCAUGUGUCGGGCCAUGGACCUCUGGAUCGAUUUAUUUCGUUGCGCCAGGGCACAGGCAAACACAGCGUUCCGAAUUCGACGGCUGCGUUGCCUUGACUCAGCUCCUGCAUGUAAUUUAAAAUAUGGCGUCUCAACUUAGGCUUGGCCUCCCCGGCCAAGCAGUCUCGAGCCCUAUUUAAAGUAUAUCCGGCAAGGUUUUGCCAACGAAGAAAUGGACAGCUAUGUUAGGUAAGCAAUUCCCACAGGAGGCAGGAGCCUAGCCCUAGUCCGCUUUCGGAGUUGAUUUUUUCCUCAAGGGUAAAGGAGGGUUGAAGUUGGAAAGGAGGCGCCCAGCUAUGCCUGCAGGGAACACCCAAGCCAUCGGGCAAUGCCGCUAGCGAGAAACCAGGAGUUUCGCCCUGGGCUUCAACUUUUCCUUUUUGCCGAAAGUCGAUCAGAAAAAUCCAUUUUUUGGGUUUUCUGUGUGGACAACCUUAUAUCCCACAGCGUCAAGCAAGGGCCGCAGAAUUCCUAAAUCUGCCCACUCAACACUGGAGCAAGGUUGUAGCUUGCAAGGAGGAGACGUUCAACAGAACAGGCUAGCCAUUAAGUUGGAGUCCUGUAGGCGGCACCGCAAAGCGGAGGAACCUUCGGGUCUGAGUGACUGCAUCAAAACUAACAGCUUAGUAGCUGAUAAUCUCGUAAUUAAGACUCAGCUCCUGCACGUGUUCCGCCUAAGGGUCACCUUUCUUAGGUGUGUGCUGAAGGGUAAAACUUCAAUCCUCUUGAUGUACUUAGAGCAAUGCCUCGGCGGCUUAUCUGCCAGAGUUAAACUGCUGUUGCUGUAUAGAAGUUCUCAAAAGAAAACCCAACCCCAUAAAUAAAAUUGCUUGAGGGAGAGAAAAUUAGCGGAGCUAAUUUCACUCGACCCAAAUGCCAUUUUAUUUAUGUAUGCCAGAAAAUCAAAAAAGUUUGUGGUGACGUCACGUUACUAGGGAGCCUUGAAGUCCCAUGGUUUCCAAGGCGCUUUAAUGAUAUUGAUGGAAUGCAGCAACUGGUAAGACCUCUGCAUAGCGAUCAUCCAGGCGUCAAUGAUCCGGUUUAUUGGGCUAGAAGGCAAGAACUUGGAAAUAUCAUCAGAAGCUGCACUUUAAGCAGCAAAAUUCCUAUUAUUCAAUAUACUAACGAAGAAUCUCAGACAUGGCAAACAAUUUAUCAUGCCUUGUCGCCACUUUAUAAAAAAAUAGCAUGUGAGGAAUUUUUACUCAAUUUCAAGGAAAUGGAAAAUAAAGGGCUUAUAACCGAAAACGAAGUUCCACAGAUUGCAAAUGUCAACAAGUAUCUGAUGGGGAAGACUGGGUUUCAGCUCAAGCCAAUCUCAGGCAUGGAAAAGGAUCGUGAUUUCUUGAAUUGUUUGGCAUUCAGAGUAUUCCCUACAACUAUCCACAUGAGACAUCAUUCACAACCUUAUUUCAGCAUAGACCCAGAUGUGGCACAUGAAGUAAUAGGACAUGCUCCAAUUUUAGCGGAUCCAGAGUUUGCUGAAUUUGUGCAAGAAAUUGGACUUGCGUCUUUAGGCGCUACUGAAGAAGACAUCGAGAAAUUGAUGAACCUUUAUUUCUAUUCAAUUGAAAUUGGACUAAUUAUGAAUCCAGCUGGAGACCGAAGAGUAUAUGGAGCAAGAAUUUUAAGCUCGGUUGAUGAAAUUCAUCACGCACUCAGCAUUCAUCCUGAACUAAGACAUUUUGAUCCUUUCCAAGCUUGCAACGUAAAGUAUCACAGAAAAGACUUGCAGAGCAUGUAUUGGUUUUGUGAAGAUUUCAGAGAAGCCAAAAUUUUGAUGGAGAGAUAUGCAAGCACUUUGCAAAGACCUUUCAAUGCAACUUAUGAUAGAGCUCAAAAAUCGAUUAAAGUUAGCCACAAGGUAAAGUCUUGGUAA